CUUUACGCUAAAGAAGGGGCUGGCACUGCCGUGAGCGUUACAUCGCGAGAUAGACGCGACCACCGAGGAGAUCCUCGUCACGGGUGGGGGUUCGGAGGCCGAGGCGCGUCGCGCGACGAGAGCCGCGAAAUCAGCCGCGAAAGCCCAGAAAAAUGUACAGGCAGCCGCAAGCAAGGCCGGAACGUCAAAGAAUGCUUGCGCAGAGCAAAUGGCAGCAGGGGACAGCGACCGUGGCAACGCGGUGGAGGGAUCACAGGCCACGGCGAGCGCGGUGGGCAGCAAUGGAUCGCGAACCCAGACGGUGCUCCGGACGAUGCUCCAGGAAACAUCGAGCCAUCUCAUGAGCGAACAGAAGCAGAUGCUGGAGAGGCUCUGGGACGCGUUGAUGGAGAACCAGAACAAGGCGACAAAGGUGAUGAGCGAUCAGCUGGAGACGUUCGGACGACUCGAGCAGGAAAUCCGUUCGAUCAGGACCGAGGCAGCCGAAGACCGGAAGAAGACACAAGAGCUUAGACGCAUGCACGAACAGACGGCUCACCAGCUCAAGGCAGUGCGAGAGGAGACAGCUGAACAGCUUAAGCAGAUGCGAGAAUAGAUGAACGGGCAGCUUGGGCAGGUACGACAGCAAACGGCAGAAGAAAUAAGACAGCUACGAGAGCAGCUGGACGCAGUAUUACUAAUAAUAUAAACAAUAUGAUAUUAGCAAUAUAGACC